UAUAUGCGACGGGCGGGUUUCCAUGGAGCUCAAUUUAAUGACAAAACAUCACGCUUGUGGAUUAGCCGAAUUUUUGUGCCUAGUCCUAGCUAAAGAUAAAAUAUGUUUCUAAGAUUGUGUUACUACGUACAACUUCUGGGCCGUGACUAUCCAAUAUAGUGCGCUGUAAAAUAUUUAUUUAUUUGCUUGUUGGCUAAGUGUUACAGUAGCUAGCUGUUGUUACUUUUAACUAGGCUAAUUACUAGUCUAGAAUUAUCCAACCAAGGUUUAUUCUGUCAAAAUGUCAAAACAACUACUGGAUUAUAACGACGAGACGCUGUUUUCUUUCGAGCUCUUUGUGAAAUAUAUCCGUGUUGACAAACUAAAAUCAUGGAAAGGUUCGGAAGAACUCGCUCUCGGAGUUCGUCUACUGGAUUUCCCAACGUUGCUCAUCUACCAGCCAGAUUCUGCCAUGUUGCACGACCGAGAUCGUGAUGAAUAUGCGAAGAAGAAUGAGCUUAGUCGUUAUCAAUUUGAGACAUUUGAAUAUGCUUUUAACAAAGGCAAGUCAUGUUUGUUCAAAAUAAAUCUGGACUCACUCCACACCCAUCUUUCCAAUACUCCACUAUACGCUAUGGUGCUGGAUAUGUCAGACGAGAUUCCAAAAUUAAUGGGGACCUCCCAAAUCUCUCUGGCUAAACUGAUCAACCAAAUACGGUGUGAUGUAGAGGCCCAUGGUAUUUCCACUCCUUCUGCACAACGAGAGAAAACCAUUGUUGGCAUAUUUAAUCUCAUGGGUCAAAAUAUUGGCUUUAUUUCCCUGGGUUACAAACUUAUAAGCUUGGGAUCUAGUUUAUUAACGCAUAUCCCAGAGAACAGGGUUCAUAAAGUUGGAUUAAUGACCCAGCCAGACAUGAAAAGUCUAGAUCUUAUGAAAAAUGUGAAAGUUCCUUGUGAGAAAAAGAAAUUGCACAGUAGCUCAGAUCACAGUUCACACAACUCCGAUGACAAGCCCUCCAAUGUGCUAUUUCAGAAUAACCAAGUCAGUGAACAGCCAAAUGAAUCAAUAUUGUCAGAGGCAAAGCAGAGAAGCACCGUUUCAAUUUCCACUCAAACAGAGGAUCCCGAGAGGAAGCAGACACCGGGAGUUGUUCGACGUGGUGAUGAAGAACCAGCUGCAGAGUGCCCUCCACACCAAAACAGCUGCUCUGCAGAACAACACAAAGGAAAUGAGACAGAUGAGUUGAAACUAUUUAACCUGGACCUUGAGUCUUUACUGACUGAGAGCCUUGAGCCCAGCUCAGGGGACGAGUCACCCGAGGGAGAGAUGAAAGGCCCUGAGUUUGACCCAACAGAUAACAUGAAGACCAGCAGCCCAAGACACCAAACACAAGACACAGCGCCACCUGUCCUCUGGGAGGCUGUGAGACAGCUUCCUCUGCUGAACGCCCUCCUAGCUGAGCUGUCGCAGCUGAAUGUCCAGGGUCAGAUGCCGCAGCAGCCCCUGUCUAUUCACCCAAACCUAGCCUGGAUCUACAGACCUGCUACCGAGGCCUCAGCAGGACCUGCACAAUCAGCAAACUCAAGAACCAAAUCACCACAUAAAGUUAGACGGUCACCUAGUCCAAGCAGAUUAAGGACCAGUCAGCCUCCAGGCAAGUUCUCCACUAGUUCCCCAAGGAGGGAUAAUCCAGACGCUGGCACUAAACGUCCCACAUCGCCCUCUAGGAGGCUGGUGUAUGGGACCACGAGAACGUUCCGUCUCAGGAUGAAGAGAGUGACCCCAGUAACCAGACAUCACGAGUGCACACAGCUGCUGGAAAUACAGAAACAUCAAACGAAAGGAAAGCAGUCAAGCGGUAGAAUGUUCAAGUGCGACAAAAGCAGAACAGCUCUUCCCAGGAGUGCUGUUCUCAAUGAAAACAUUGAGACGUUAAUGAGCAGUAAUACAGCAUUAAUGAGCAGUAAUACAGAAGGCUCCACGCGGCAGGAAACCAUGAAGGAGGAGGCCUCCUCUCUGAGACUAGUGAAGAAGACACAGACACAUUCCAAACCAGACAGGAAGUUGCUGGUACACAUUCCCAGUGUUCAGCAGGUGGAUCACAGCGACGAAGCCCAAGAUAGAGACAAGUGUGAUGAUUCAGAGCUGAAUCAAGCAGAGUCUAGAUGUGACAGUGUCAGAGGCACAAAUGAGCCUCCAUCUGUCAGGGGCGGCUCCAGCAGGCUGAGCCAUGCUGACUCCUCCAGUGACAGCCUGGGCGGGGCGGACGAGUACCCCGAUGACUUCACCAGCCCGGACCCCGUCGAUGGGUACUCUCCGGACCCCCUCAGUGAUCCUAAACCUGGCUUGGUCCAGGUGAGGGGGAGCCAGCGAUCUGAUGACCCCUCCAGUUCCGACAGCUACUCAGAGACGAGUCAGAGGAACGUGGUGCUUCCUAUGCCGAUCAAAGCUACCAGCUCCCCACACAGGUCUCUGAGGGGCACACACAUCAUAAGGCCUCGCACCCUGGCCUCUGCCCUCAGCCUCUCCUCAGAGACCAGCCAUGGAGACAGGCCAGCCUCCAGCCUCUCUCUCCGCUCCACCACACCGAAGACAGUGAAGAGAAGCACUAACAGGCGCUCUGUUUCAGGGAGUCUCAGAGCAUCAGAGAGCCAGUUGAGUGACUCAAUUGAGGAAAGUUUUCCAGUCAGGGGGUAUUCUGUGGACACCAACAUCUCCACCGAUUCAAAAUCCUCCCCUGAACCCCACGAGGAAGAGGAAACCAGAGUUGAACUUGGUUCGCUGGGUUUCAGGAAUAGGUACCAACACAUCUCUGAGCUGGUAGCUAACAAGCUCCCUGGAUAUACUCUGUGAUAGGCCAAACAUGUUCGCAAGGUAUAUGCAUUUGAUAAAAUUAAUAUGUAUGUCUGCUGCAGAAUAAGCCAUCUGUAGGCCUAUACAAAAUGUUUUAUAAAGUAUCUUAAGUAAG